GAGCAACAACUUUUGCUUUUCCCAUUUUGUUUUCGUCUCUCACUAAAAUUAUCUAUCUUCCCAAGGUCUGGUCUAUGCUUUACCAAAAUAACCCUUACCCUUCUUCAACACUCUCUCCUGCCUGUGACACUCACACCCCCUUUCUCUCUCUCCCCCCUCUCUCUUUCCCACACACAGAUAGAGGGGGUCUCCAUUGCCUCUCUCAGGCCUUCUUCUUUCUCACUUGGUUUUCUGCUUCUGAAAGGUAAGCGGCCUUUCAAGCCCCAGCUACCUUUGCAUUUUGCACCCUCCAACAGUCACUUUGUUUGGAGACAUGUUUUCUUUGAUUUUGCUGCUUCUUGCUCUCUUUAACUGUCAUAGUCUAGUGAGUUGUUUGAAUAAUGAAGGGUACGCACUUUUGUCAUUUAAGCAGUCCAUUUAUGAAGACCCAGAAGGGUCUUUGAGUAACUGGAACUCCUCCGAUGAUAACCCCUGUUCAUGGAAUGGGGUUACAUGCAAGGACUUUAAAGUUAUGUCUGUUAGCAUUCCAAAGAAGAGACUUUAUGGGUUUCUUCCUUCUGCUCUUGGGUCACUCUCUGACCUUAGACAUGUAAAUUUGAGGAAUAACAGGUUCUCUGGUAGUUUGCCUGCUGAGCUCUUUCAAGCUCAAGGACUACAAAGUUUGGUCCUUUAUGGUAAUUCCUUAUCUGGGUCUUUGCCAAAUCAAUUUGGCAAGCUUAAGUACCUUCAAACCUUGGAUUUAUCCCAGAAUUUCUUCAAUGGGUCUAUACCCACAUCAUUUGUUCUAUGCAAGAGACUUAGGGCCCUUGAUCUUAGCCAAAACAAUCUCACUGGUUCUUUGCCAGUUGGGUUUGGUGCUAGUUUGGUUUCUCUUGAAAAACUUGAUCUUUCAUUUAACAAAUUCAAUGGUUCAAUUCCUAGUGAUAUGGGAAAUUUGUCUAGCUUACAAGGAACUGCUGACUUGUCACACAAUCUCUUUACUGGUUCAAUCCCAGCUAGCCUUGGAAACCUUCCUGAGAAGGUUUAUAUUGAUCUAACUUAUAACAAUUUGAGUGGUCCAAUACCUCAAACCGGUGCUCUAAUGAACAGAGGACCAACAGCAUUUAUUGGAAACCCUGGUCUCUGUGGCCCUCCAUUGAAAAAUCCAUGUUCUUCAGACACCGAUGGUGCAGCUGCACCUUCAUCAAUCCCUUUUCUGCCUAACAACUCUCCCCCUCAAGAUUCAGAUAACAAUGGCAGAAAGAGUGAGAAAGGAAGAGGACUGAGUAAGACUGCUGUUGUUGCAAUAAUUGUUAGUGAUGUCAUCGGAAUUUGCCUUGUUGGAUUGUUGUUUUCGUAUUGUUAUUCAAGGGUUUGUCAGCGUAGUAAGGAUAGGGAUGGGAAUAGUUAUGGUUUUGAGAAGGGAGGGAAGAAAAGGAGAGAGUGCUUUUGCUUUAGGAAGGAUGAGUCCGAGACUCUAUCUGAGAACGUGGAGCAGUAUGAUCUCGUGCCACUAGAUGCGCAGGUGGCUUUUGAUUUGGAUGAGCUGCUUAAGGCAUCGGCUUUUGUUUUAGGGAAGAGUGGAAUUGGAAUUGUUUACAAAGUUGUGCUUGAAGAUGGGCAUACUUUAGCUGUGAGAAGAUUGGGCGAGGGGGGCUCUCAAAGAUUUAAGGAAUUCCAAACAGAAGUGGAAGCAAUUGGCAAGCUAAGGCAUCCUAAUAUUGUAAUUCUCAGAGCGUAUUACUGGUCUGUUGAUGAGAAGUUGCUCAUCUAUGAUUACAUACCGAAUGGGAGUCUUGCCACAGCACUUCAUGGGAAGCCUGGAAUGGUGUCAUAUACCCCAUUAUCAUGGUCUGAUCGGUUGAAAAUCAUAAAGGGAAUUGCAAAGGGCUUGGUUUAUCUUCACGAAUUCAGCCCUAAAAAAUAUGUUCAUGGAGAUCUGAAGCCAAGUAAUGUACUUCUUGGACAGAACAUGGAACCACACAUUUCUGAUUUUGGGCUUGGACGACUCGCUACCAUUGCUGGAGGGUCCCCAACCCUGGAAUCUAAUCGAAUUGCCUCAGAGAAACCGCAAGAGAGACAACAAAAGGGUGCGCCAAGCUCAGAAGUUGCUACGGUUUCAUCUACAAACUUGGGAUCUUAUUACCAGGCUCCUGAAGCACUAAAAGUUUUAAAACCAUCACAGAAAUGGGAUGUUUACUCUUAUGGAGUUAUCCUACUAGAAAUGAUCACAGGAAGAUCGUCAAUGGUCCAUGUUGGUACCUCUGAGAUGUAUCUCGUUCACUGGAUUCAGCUUUGCAUUGAAGAGCAGAAACCACUUGCAGAUGUCUUAGACCCCUAUUUGGCUCCAGAUGUGGACAAGGAAGAAGAGAUUAUUGCAGUUUUGAAGAUUGCAAUGGCUUGUGUUCAUAGCAGCCCAGAGAGGAGGCCUACGAUGAGGCAUGUCUCUGAUGUUUUUAACAGAUUGGCUAUGUCUUCUGAUUAAGAAAUCUAACAGAACUGUGAAUCCAAUGCUCUAGUGCUUCUCGAAAACCAUCGGUUACUCUGAGAAGGGAUUUCAAAGAUAAUUGUUUUUGGCUCUUUCAGUGGAAACAUGUACCCUAUUAAGUUCGCUGUAGCAGUGUGAAGAGUAAUAAUUUCUCGUCAUUGUCCAUGUUAGGAUUCUCUCCUUUGGUUUUGCGUGAUGACUAGGUGAAGUUAGGUCUGCUAAAAGAGCAUGCUAGCAACUGGGUUUUGUAUGAGUUGGCUUGUAACUUGUUAGUAUAUGUAAAAGGAUGUCUUCUUCUUGCUCUCGUUGCAGGCCCUUUUGUCCCAUUCUUUGUUCUCCGUCAAUGAAUUUACCUAUUUCUUUGCUAUA